UAAACCUAAAAUGUCAUUAAUAGAUUAUAUAGAGGAUGAUUAAACAUACUAAUUUACAAAGUAUAUGCAUCUUGUCAAGGUAUUCGCAUCAUCCAUUCUAUUAGACUGAAGAAGACAAAAUACUCUUCGAUAGAUUCGCCUAUGGAGUUUGCAAUCCGUAGAUUAAAUAUAGGAAUGACAAUCAAUAAAAGAAAAUGAUAAUCCUUACCAUCCUACAACUGUGCUAAAGGUAAUAAUCAAUAAUUAUAAUGUAGAAGUAAGUGCGUGACUUUUGAUCAAAUUCAAAAAGCCUGCUAUUUAAAUUCACGAGCCGACAUCGAAUCAUUAUUAAUUGAUCUUAUUCAAAGGGAUUUGAUUAUUGGAUCCAUUGACGAUCAAAAAGGAUGUUUAAAUAUCCAAAGAUGCAUCAGCAGAGAUGUUAGACAAUCUGAUAUCCCAGACAUGAAGAAUUAGAUCGAAAUCAUGUACAAAAGAGUAAAACAUUUGAAGGAAUAGUUAAAAAAAUAAUGAACGGAAUUUAUUUUAAUAAUUAAAUAAAUUGUGAAUGUGGC